AAUGCUAUUAAAAGAGAUUUUAGGAUAAUUAUUUUUCUGUAAUACUCUGUAUAUAUUGUAGAUGUAUGUGUGGACAGACUGACCAAGUUACAAUUCUCAGAAUAGCAGUUCUGAGAUGGAUUAUACAUUCAGCACCAUCUUUAAAGCACUGGCGUUUCAAAAUUCUUUUUAUAAACUGUAAUAUAUUCUAAUGUGCUAGAUUUGUCAAAGAUAGCACAAAAUAAUAAAGAAGGAAAGUCUGUUAAGAACUGAAGCAGCCAUGUCUGGAGAAGUGCGCUUGAGACAGUUGGAACAGUUUAUUUUGGAUGGGCCAACUCAGACCAAUGGGCAAUGCUUUAGUGUGGAAUCCUUGUUGGAUAUACUCAUCUGCCUUUAUGAUGAAUGUAAUAAUUCACCCUUGAGAAGAGAGAAGAAUAUUCUGGAAUUUCUAGAAUGGGCCAAGCCUUUCACAUCUAAGGUGAAGCAGAUGCGAUUGCAUAAAGAUGACUUUGAAAUAUUGAAAGUGAUUGGCCGAGGUGCCUUUGGGGAGGUUGCUGUUGUGAAAUUAAGAAAUGCAGAUAAAGUAUUUGCCAUGAAAAUAUUAAAUAAAUGGGAAAUGCUGAAAAGAGCAGAGACAGCUUGUUUUCGAGAAGAGAGGGAUGUUUUGGUGAAUGGGGAUAAUCAGUGGAUUACAACAUUGCACUAUGCCUUCCAGGAUGAAAAUUAUUUAUACCUCGUUAUGGAUUAUUAUGUUGGUGGAGAUCUGCUUACCUUGCUCAGUAAGUUUGAGGACCGGUUACCUGAAGAAAUGGCUCGCUUUUAUUUAGCUGAAAUGGUGGUAGCAAUUGAUUCUGUACAUCAGCUACAUUAUGUCCACAGGGAUAUCAAACCAGAUAAUAUUCUGAUGGAUGUGAAUGGACAUAUUCGGUUAGCGGAUUUUGGCUCUUGUCUGAAGCUGAUGGAAGAUGGAACGGUUCAGUCUUCAGUGGCAGUUGGAACACCAGAUUAUAUCUCUCCAGAAAUUCUGCAAGCCAUGGAAGAUGGGAAAGGAAAAUAUGGUCCUGAAUGUGAUUGGUGGUCCCUUGGUGUUUGCAUGUAUGAAAUGCUGUAUGGAGAAACACCUUUUUAUGCUGAAUCUCUGGUGGAGACAUAUGGAAAGAUAAUGAACCACAAAGAGAGAUUUCAGUUUCCUGUCCAAAUGACAGAUGUGUCUGAAAAUGCCAAGGACCUAAUUCGAAGGCUUAUUUGCAGCAGAGAACAUAGACUUGGGCAGAACGGAAUAGAAGACUUUAAAAGCCACCCAUUUUUUUCAGGGAUUGACUGGGAUAACAUUCAGAACUGUGAAGCACCUUAUAUUCCUGAAGUCAGCAGUCCAACAGAUACUUCAAAUUUUGAUGUAGAUGAUGACUGUUUAAAAAAUUCUGAGACAAUGCCACCACCAACACAUACUGCAUUUUCUGGCCAUCACCUGCCAUUUAUUGGAUUUACAUACACAAGUAGCUGUGUCCUUUCGGAUCGUAGUACUUUAAGAUUUGCAGCUGGGCAACGUGUAAUGGAACUUGAUGCCAGUGUUCAAAGAACACUAGAGGAUACCUUAGCUACAGAAGCAUAUGAAAGACGAAUAAGACGUUUAGAGCAAGAAAAGCUAGAACUUAGCAGAAAACUCCAAGAGUCCACACAAACAGUCCAGGCCCUACAUUAUUCAACUGUAGAUGGUCCAUUAACAGCAAGCAAAGAUUUAGAAAUUAAAACCCUGAAAGAAGAAAUUGAAACAUUGAGAAAACAAGUCAUUGAUUCUGGACAAUUAGAGCAGCAACUUGAAGAGGCGAGUUCUGCACAAAGAGAAUUAGAAGAUGCUACCAGACACAUCAAAAGUUAUGAGAAGCAAAUCAAAGCACUAAAGCAAGAGCGGGAUGAUUUUAAUAAGGAACUGCUUGACUCCAGUGAGAGAUUAAAGGCACAAACCAAAGAACUGAAAGAUGCACAUAGCCAGCGGAAACUGGCCAUGCAGGAAUUCUCUGAGAUGAAUGAGCGACUUACUGAAUUGCAUUCACAAAAACAGAAGCUUACCCGCCAAGUUAGAGAUAAAGAAGAAGAGAUGGAAGUGGUGAUGCAAAAGGCAGAAAGCUUGAGACAAGAACUACGUAGAACAGACAGAAUAAAGAAGGAAAUGGAAGUUCAUGCUGAAGCUGCAACUGCUGAGGCAUCCAAGGACAGGAAGCUACGUGAGAGAAGUGAGCAAUAUUCUAAGCAGCUGGAAAAUGAAUUAGAAGGACUAAAGCAGAAGCAAAUUGGUUGGUCUCCAGGGGUGAGUAGCACAGAACAUCAACAAGAAAUAACAAAAUUAAAAGCUGACUUGGAAAAGAAAAUUGUUUUUUAUGAAGAAGAGCUGUCUAAACGAGAAGUAAUACAUUCUAAUGAAUUAAAAAAUCUGAAGAAGGAAUUCCGUGAUGCAGAGAUCCAACAACUUGCUCUCAAAAAAGAAAUUCUGAUAUUGAAAGACAAAUUAGAAAAGACAAGGAGAGAAAGCCAAAAUGAAAGGGAGGAGUUUGAAACAGAAUUCAAACAUAAAUAUGAACGGGAGAAGAUUCUACUGACUGAAGAGAACAAGAAGCUUUCCAAUGAGCUUGACAAGCUUACAGCAAUGUAUGAAAGGCUAAGUAUGAGUAACCGACAACUUGAAGAAGAGAUGAGAGAUCUUGCUGACAAAAAAGAAUCUGUAGCACACUGGGAAGCCCAGAUUACUGAGAUCAUCCAAUGGGUAAGUGAUGAAAAAGAUGCCCGAGGUUAUCUUCAAGCCUUAGCUUCCAAAAUGACUGAAGAACUAGAAGCGUUGAAGAGCUCCAGCUUGGGCGCAAGGGCAACAGACAUGCCUUGGAAGAUGCGUCGCUUUGCGAAACUAGAUAUGUCUGCAAGGUUAGAGCUACAGUCAGCCCUUGAUGCAGAAAUACGAGCCAAGCAAGCCAUUCAGGAAGAGUUAAAUAAAAUUAAAGCUUGUAACAUUGCAACAGAAUGCAAAUUACAGGAAUCUGAAAAGAAGAACUCCGAGCUGUUAUCAGAAAUAGACAGACUGAAAAAAGAGGCAGAAGAACUUCAGUCAGAAAAGGGAGUAAAGCAUCAAGACUCACAGAAUUCUUUCUUGGCAUUUUUGAAUGCACCUACAUCUGCUCUGGAUCAAUUUGAAAUUGAUUCUGUUGAAAAUUUUACCUUAUCUAAUACACCUUCGCGGGAUGAAGAUAUCAAGUAUCAUCUUCAUUCAAGAUCUAGGUCCCCUUCCACAGCUAGUGACAUUGAACCAAUCGAGGUUUCAGAUCAUCCUCUGCGUCCAAUUCAGACACCAUCCAUGAGAUCACCAUAUAGUGGUUCAGGACUCUCUGUGCCAAAGCCUAAGGCCCAUCAGUUUGUAGUAAAAUCCUUUAAUACCCCUACCAAAUGCAAUCAGUGCACAUCAUUGAUGGUUGGGUUAAUAAGACAGGGCUGUACCUGUGAAGUCUGUGGAUUUUCAUGCCAUGUGACCUGUGCAGACAAAGCACCAGCAGUAUGUCCCAUCCCACCUGAACAGACGAAAGGUCCUCUAGGGAUUGAUCCACAGAAAGGAAUAGGAACUGCUUAUGAAGGGCAUGUCCGAAUCCCUAAGCCAGCUGGAGUGAAGAAAGGCUGGCAGAGAGCCCUGGCUGUUGUCUGUGACUUCAAGCUCUUCCUUUAUGAUAUAGCAGAAGGAAAAGCAUCCCAGCCCAGUGUGGUAGUUAGUCAGGUUCUUGAUAUGAGGGAUGAAGAAUUCUCAGUGUGUUCUGUUCUGGCUUCUGAUGUCAUCCAUGCAAACCGAAAAGAUAUUCCCUGUAUUUUUAGGGUUUCAGCUUCUCAGCUAUUAGCAUCAAGUAAUAAGUGUUCAGUCCUGAUCCUAGCUGACAGUGAAAACGAAAAGAGUAAAUGGGUAGGAGUCUUAAAUGAAUUACAUCGGAUCUUAAAGAAGAACAAGCUCAAAGAUCGCUCAGUCUACGCUCCCAAAGAAGCAUAUGAUAGUACCUUACCCCUUAUUAAAACUAGCCAAGCAGCAGCAAUUAUAGAUCAUGAACGAAUAGCUUUGGGCAAUGAAGAAGGGUUAUUUGUUGUUCAUGUUACAAAGGAUGAGAUAAUUCGUGUUGGUGACAAUAAGAAAGUUCAUCAGAUUGAGCUCAUCCCAAAUGAACAACUUAUUGCAGUGAUUUCGGGACGAAACCGUCAUGUACGACUAUUUCCUAUGACAGCUCUGGAUGGUCGAGAGAUUGAUUUUUAUAAACUGGCAGAAACUAGAGGUUGCCAGACCAUAGUUUCUGGACAAGUGCGCCAUGGAGCCCUUACUUGCCUGUGUGUAGCAAUGAAAAGACAGGUCCUAUGCUAUGAGUUAAAUCAUAGCAAAACACGCCAUAAAAAGAUAAAAGAAAUCCAAGUGGCUGGGAAUGUCCAGUGGAUGGCUAUCUUUAGUGAACGGCUUUGUGUUGGCUAUCAGUCAGGAUUCUUAAAGUACCCUUUGUAUGGAGAAGGAAAUCCACAUAGUUUGCUUCAUCCAGAUGAUCACACACUGUCGUUCAUUACACAGCAGCCAACUGAUGCUAUCUGUGCUGUUGAAAUCUCAAAUAAAGAAUACCUGCUGUGUUUUAGCAGUGUAGGGAUUUAUGUGGACUGUCAGGGUCGAAGAUCUAGACAACAAGAACUAAUGUGGCCUGCAACUCCUUCUUCUUCCUGUUACAAUGCACCAUACCUCUCAGUUUAUAGUGAAAAUGCAGUUGAUAUAUUCGAUGUGAACUCAAUGGAGUGGAUUCAGACCAUCCCCCUCAAGAAGGUACGUCCUUUGAACACAGAAGGGUCGCUAAAUGUCCUAGGACUAGAAACUGUUAGAUUAAUUUAUUUCAAAAAUAAGAUGGCAGAGGGUGAUGAGUUGGUGGUUCCUGAGACAUCAGAUAACAGUCGGAAGCAAAUGGUCCGAAAUAUUAAUAAUAAACGGCGCUACUCAUUCCGGGUGCCCGAGGAAGAGAGAAUGCAGCAGAGAAGAGAGAUGCUGCGAGAUCCAGAAAUGAGAAAUAAAUUAAUUUCUCACCCAACUAACUUUAACCAUAUAGCACACAUGGGCCCAGGAGAUGGUAUACAGAUCCUCAAAGACCUGCCUAUGAACCUUCGGCCUCAGGAAAGUCGGGCAAUGUUUAGUGGUUCUGUCAGUAUCCCUUCAAUCACAAAAACCCGGACCGAGCCUGGACGUUCCAUGAGUGCUAGUAGUGGCUUGGCAGCAAGAACAUCUGCACAAAAUGGUAGUGCUUUGCGGAGAGAAUUCUCAGGAGGUAGCUAUGGAGCAAAGCGUCAGCCAAUGGCCUCCCCUUCAGAUGGCUCUUUGUCUUCUGGUGGCCUGGACCAAGGCAGUGAUGCCCCAGUGAGGGAGUACGAGCGAGAGGACUCUGACUCUCCAAGGCACUCUACAGCUUCCAACAGUUCCAACCUGAGCAGCCCUCCCAGUCCCAUUUCUCCUCACAAGACCAAGAGCCUCUCCCUGGAGAGCUCGGACCACGUGAGUUGGGACUCAUGAACUGCUUCAGCACUCAGAUUUGACAUCUCAGCAGCUUUUGGUCCCCAUGAUUCUCCAUUUGCUCCCAUUCUCAUCUCCUCUCAGCUUCCCUACAAGAAUCAAACUGUGGGUGGGAGGGGGAGGAAGAGAGUGUAUUUGCCAUAAUUGGCACCAGUAGCGCAACUCUCUUCCCCUCCUAAUAGUAGCCAGCAAACAAAAGAAAACCUUGGUGGAGGGCAGCAUGGAGUUGUUAUAUGAGAAAUAUUGGUAUAUUUCUAUUAAUUUUAUUUCAUAGGAUUAUGAAAUUCCAUUGUAUGGCAUAUUAUGCAAUACACCACACACUCCAAACAAAACAUGGUAGUGUAGGAUGCUAUACACAGUAUGUAACAGGAAACCAGAUAGAUUUGCCUUGGUACACGUAGACCCAUAUUAUAUUUUUUCAGGAAUAAAUACAGCAACACCCUCCAUGUUUGGUGAUAGGGUGAAAUUUGCCCUGCUAAGGAAGAUACACAUGCUUUCAGACCGCUACUCUGAAUGUCAGUCUGAUUGCUGCCAGUAAAUCAUUGAUUUGGGGGAAAAUGAUGCAUAUUUUACUAUAAUAGAGUUUAAGUAAAUACACAAAAUUAAGAGUUAGUACAUAUGUAUAUAAUAA